AUGCGUACUCUGGCUAUUCCCGUGACGCUGCUGCAGCUCGCGGCGACCGCUAUAGCGGCCGCUGCCGCGAACAUCGCGUUGCCCGGCUGCCAGAGCAAAUGCGGCGAGCUGGACAUCCCCUACCCCUUCGGGACCACCGCCGGCUGCUCCCGGCCGGGCUUCAAGGUGACCUGCAACCCCAAGCCCGGAGCCGGCGUGGCACAAAGGCUGAUGCUGGGGGACGCCGGCGGACCAGUAGUGCUGGAGAUAUCCGUGCCCAACAGCACGGUGCGCAUCCGCUCCAACACCUGGUUCUUCGCCGUCGGCAACACGAGCAUGCCACGGCUCGCCGUCGUCCCCGCCGGCGGGCCGUUCGUGCUGCGCCCGGGGCGGAACCGCCUGGUGUACAUCGGGUGCGGCUUCCGCGCCUCCUCGUGGACCCCGCUAGGGGCGCGCGCGUUCAACGCGUGCUCCACCUCCUGCUGGUGGGAAGACGACACCCGGAGGAUCCGCUCCGGCCGGUGCGAUGGCGUCGGCUGCUGCAACGCGUCCAUCCCGACGGGCCUCACGUCUUUCCGCACCCAGUUCCAGUGGGCGGGUGAGGAGACAGGAACUCCCGCGACGUCGCCGUGCACCUCGUCGGGCGCGGCCGUGGUCGUAGUGGAGAAGAGGUGGUUGAAUUGCAGGACGAAUGUGCUCGGCCUCAUGAUGUCGCUGCUUGCCUUUGGGAGAGCGAGCGUAUUGGUGGCUCCGGCCAUCCUGGACUGGGCGUUCGACAACUCCUCGACGUGCGCGGAAGCGGCGAAGAGAUCCGUUUCUGGGUGCGUCAGCAAGCACAGCGAAUGCGUCGACUCCGCAGGCGGUGCCCUUGGCUACGGCUGCAAGUGCGGCGAGGGUUACCAAGGCAACCCAUACGUGAGAGAUGGGUGCCAGAGACCCAGUAGACACCUCCAUCUUUCAGCGGGAUUAAUAUUUGCUAUGGGGCUUGGCAUUGGCAUAUUCCUGCUGCUGUUAGUCCUUGCUACCAUCUUUGCCACAAAAAGCCUCAAGGAUAGAAAAGCCAAGAAAAUGAGGGAAUAUUUCUUCAAGCAAAAUCGAGGGUUGUUGCUCCAACAGCUGGUAGAUAAAGACAUCGCUGAACGAAUGAUUUUUAGCUUAGAAGAGCUUGAGAAUGCUACAAACAAGUUUGAUAAAGCUCGCAUAUUAGGAGGCGGGGGGCAUGGUACCGUAUAUAAAGGCAUACUCUCGGACCAACAUGUUGUUGCUAUUAAAAUGUCCAAACUUGUGAUCCAAAGGGAAAUUGAGGGCUUCAUCAACGAGGUUGCUAUCCUUUCUCAAAUUAAUCACAGAAACGUGGUGAAACUAUUUGGAUGUUGCCUUGAAACAGAAGUUCCACUACUAGUCUACGAAUUUAUUCCGAAUGGAACACUUUAUGCUCAUCUUCAUGUUGAUGGCCCUGCAUCUCUUCCAUGGAAAGACCGCUUGAGAAUUGCAUUUGAAGUCGCCAGCUCUUUGGCAUAUCUUCACUCCUCGGCUUCGAUAUCAAUAGUUCACCGGGACAUCAAAACUAGCAACAUACUUCUUGAUGACUGCUUAACCGCGAAGAUAUCGGAUUUUGGUGCAUCUAGAGGCAUCACUAUUGCUGAAUCUGGAGUGAUAACAGCCGUACAAGGAACCUAUGGAUACAUUGAUCCAGAGUAUUUCUACACACGACGACUAACCGAGAAAAAUGAUGUUUAUAGCUAUGGUGUUAUGCUUGUGGAGCUACUGACUCGGAAGAAACCAACCAUUGACAUGUCACUAGAUGGUGUUAGUCUUGUAGCACACUUUGUCCAGCUCCUGUCUGAGGAUAGGCUAAGUGAGAUACUAGACGCGCAAGUUACCGAAGAAGGGGAAGAGGAGGCAAAGCAAGUGGCUGCAAUAGCAGCACUGUGUGUGCAAAUGAAGGGCAACGAUAGGCCAACAAUGCGGCAUGUGGAGAUGAGACUUCAAGGGAUUCAGUCUUCAAACAAUUUUAGAGCAAUCCUAGAGUACAAGGGCUGCAAAUCGGACUAA